UCCCAAGUCCAUUAUUAAAGGCGAUGCAUUGCAUCUUCCCUCCGAUUAUACACAUAAAAUACUGGAUAAAGAGUAAAAUCUAGAGUGUAUUCAUUCUAUAAGAAAUUCUGAUAAUCCAUAUGUUUAGAGAAAGACUUUCAAGUUUUCUGCUCUUGCUUUAUAAUGAACAGCUUAUAGGAAUUUAAAAAAAGCAAUUGGCACCUUGCUUUUUAGGGGGGUAACAAUAGAAAAAGAAUGACUUUAUUGCCAAAAAGGACUUUAGACCAAAGUAUGCAAUAAAUCUUCUCUCCCCACCCAUUCCAAAAUCUGUCUUCAGUGAGUAGUUCAAUCAGUAUUUGUCAUGGUUGUUGCCUCCUUGAUUGAUCCAUUUUCAAUAUGAAACUGAAGUUUCCUUUUCAUGCAUAUCAUAUAUAGUGGCUAAGGGGCUGCUUCCUCUAAGAGGAAACCAGCUAAUUUGUUUCAUGCUCUUCAAAAGUGAUUAAGCAGAGAGGCAACAAGUGAAGGGUUGCUGCAAGUUGAAUCUUGAUUUAGCAUGUUUGCGAGCCAGAUCAGUAAAAACAUAAUGAAACUCCAGCCUUUACUGGCUGCUGUUGCUUUUCUUAUUCCCUUGCUGUCAAUUUUUCCUCAUGUUAUAGCUGAUCUUGAUUCCGAUAGACAGGCUCUACUCGAGUUUGCAAACUCUGUUCCUCAUAUCAGAAAACUCAACUGGAAUUUGGCUCUCCCAAUUUGCAAAUCUUGGGCUGGUAUCACUUGUAACAAAGAUGGAACCAGAGUUAUUGAAAUCCAUCUACCUGCUGUUGGACUUUUUGGUCCUAUCCCCGCUAACAGUAUAGGCAAGCUAGACGCUCUCAAGGUCCUAAGUCUAAGAGCCAAUUAUCUUAAUGGAAGUCUUCCUUCUGAUCUCCUUUCAAUUCCUUCCCUCCAGUCUGUCUACCUUCAGCAUAAUAACUUCUCUGGUGAUAUUCCUGUUUCUUUAUCUCCUCGACUUGGUGUACUAGAUCUAUCUUUCAACUCUUUUACUGGAGAAAUUCCCACCAUGAUCAAGAGCUUGUCGCGAUUAUCUGUGUUGAACCUACAGUUCAAUUCAUUGACAGGAGAAAUCCCCAGCCUUGACACCCUCAGGUUAAACCGCUUGAAUUUUAGUUACAACAUGCUAAAUGGCUCAGUGCCCAACUCCCUCCAGAAGUUUCCACUUUCAUCAUUCGUGGGAAACUCUCGUUUAUGUGGGACACCUCUAACUAGCUGUUCCUUGAAUUCUCCAUCACUUUCUCCAGCAGCAGAUAGCUUAUCUCCACCUGAAAGACCAAAGACUGUCAACUCUAAGAAACUAAGUACUGGAACCAUCAUUGCCAUUGCAGUUGUGGCUUCUUCGCUGAUAUUUCUCCUAGUUUUAGUUAUCUCCUUCUGCUGUUUGAAAAAGAAAGUAAGUGACAACACUAGCACGAUUAAAGAAAAGGUGGCACUGGCUAAUGGGGGAAGGAGCGAGAAGACUGAGGACUUUGGAAGUGGGGUACCAGAUGCUGAGAAGAACAAGUUGGUAUUCUUUGAAGGUUGCACUUACAGCUUCAAUUUGGAGGAUCUUCUUAGGGCUUCCGCAGAGGUUCUUGGUAAAGGGAGUUACGGAACAGCUUACAAAGCUGUCUUGGAUGAGGCGACGAUUGUGGUGGUGAAACGGCUGAGGGAAGUAGGUGCUGCUAAAAAGGAGUUUGAACAACAUAUGGAGAUUGUUGGAAGGGUUGGGAGGCACCCUAAUAUUGUGCCACUCCGCGCAUAUUAUUAUUCCAAGGAUGAGAAACUUCUUGUUACCGAAUACAUGCCUGCUGGUAGCUUGUCAGCCGCCUUACACGGUAAUAGAGGUAUUGGAAGAACUCCACUAGACUGGGAUACAAGAUUGAAGAUAUCUCUAGGAGCAGCGAAAGGAAUUGCCCACAUCCAUAUUGAAGGUGGUGUAAAAUUUACUCAUGGGAAUAUCAAGUCCUCCAAUGUACUUCUAACAAGAGACCAAGACGGAUGCAUUUCUGAUUUUGGCUUAACACCUCUAAUGAACUACAUACCAUUUAAGUAUAGGUGUGCUGGUUACCGCGCUCCAGAAGUGAUUGAAACGCGGAAAGGGACACAAAAAUCCGAUGUUUAUAGCUUCGGAGUUUUGCUCCUUGAAAUGCUGACAGCCAAAUCCCCUAUCCCAUUAUCAGGACAUGAUGAGGUAGUUGAUUUGCCUAGGUGGGUGCGGUCUGUUGUUAGAGAGGAAUGGACUGCUGAAGUUUUCGACAUAGAGCUGUUGAAAUACCAGAAUGUUGAAGAAGAAAUGGUGCAGAUGCUUCAGAUUGGACUUGCUUGUGUAGCAAAGGUGCCUGAUAUGAGACCUAGUAUGGGAGAAGUGGUUAGAAUGAUUGAAGAAAUUCGACAACCAGAAGGAGAGACAAGGCCUUCCUCUGAGGACAACAGGUCUAAGGACUCUAAUGCACAACCCCUGAUUUGAACCUAGUAAUUUAAUAAGUUGGUUUUUUUAUUCUAGAGUAAUUUAAGAAUGCAAUUUAUCUCCAUUGCCAGCUUUUGCAUGUUCUUGGACAUAUAAGUGCUUUUUAUCUUGAUGCUAUAUCCUGUUCUGGCCUCUGUAGAAACUCAUCAGCUCAAUAUAAAUGAGAACCUUUGUUUUUCUUUUAA